AUGUUUCUGUACAACCGAUUCACGAUCCAAUCUCGCGAGAGAUAAUCUAAAAUCUGUCGGAUUGGAAUAAGGUCCUCUCCCUUCCAAGUUGUAGUUCUGUACCUCUGUUGCUAUCGAGCCAAAAAGCUGUGCAGAACCAGAUCAAUGGAGCCAAGGGGUCUGGACCAUUAAUGUGUUUGGUUAAAUGGUUUCUGCGAUACUAAAAUUCCCCUGAAAGUCUAAACGCAGUUGGGGAGCAUCAACGAAGAUAGAAGGGAAAGAAUGUAUAGCGGCUCCAGCGAUGGCGAAGGCCAUGACGCAACGCAGAGGAAGAUACCCUCAGCGUCCUCCAUGUUGUGGGUCCGAAAUCUUCGUCGGUUCAUUGGAUCUGGCGCUGGACUCGGCUCUGAAGCUCUGAUGGAGCUUGAAACAAAGAGGAUCUUGCUUGAAAUUUUCAAGGAGAAGCAGCAGAAGAAUGCUGAAGCUAGAUCUAUCCCAAGCUUCUACAGAAAGAAACCUGAAGAGGGAUCUAUCAGUCAUAGAGUCCAAAGACUUGCAAAGUACCGUUUUCUGAAGAAACAAUCAGAUCUUUUGCUUAAUGCUGAUGAUUUAGAUGCUAUGUGGGUAUGCUUAAGAGAAAACUGUGUGAUUGAUGAUGCUACUGGUGCUGAGAAGAUGAACUAUGAAGAUUUUUGCCAUAUUGCUUCUGUAUGUAUGGAGCAAAUAGGUCCAAAGUGUCGACGGUUUUUCAGCCCUUCAAAUUUUAUGAAGUUUGAGAAAGAUGAGUCUGGAAGAAUUGCCAUCCUGCCGUUUUACCUUUAUGUGAUGCGCACAGUUUCCCUCACUCAGGCAAGAAUUGAUAUGAGCGAGCUUGAUGAAGAUUCUGAUGGUUUCCUUCAAUCUCAUGAAAUGGAGGCCUACAUUAGAGGUCUUAUUCCUAAUCUGGCACAACUACGAGAUAUGCCUGCAGCUUUUAUUCAAAUGUACUGCCGCAUAGCUGCACACAAAUUUUUCUUUUUUUGUGAUCCUCACAGGCGAGAUAAAGCAUGCAUAAAGAAGGUACUGCUUAGUAACUGCCUCCAGGAACUCAUGGAACUGCACCAGGAAAGUGAGGAAGAAAUCACUGAUACUGAACAAGCUGAAAACUGGUUCUCAUUGACAUCUGCACAACGGAUAUGUGAUAUGUUUCUUGCUCUAGAUAAAGAUAUGAAUGGGACAUUGAGCAAGCAGGAGCUUCGAGAAUAUGCAGAUGGUACAUUGACAGAAAUAUUCAUUGAGCGGGCAUUCGAUGAACAUGUUCGGCGUGGCAAAAAUGGUGGUGGUGGUGGUAAUGCACGGGAGAUGGAUUUUGAAAGUUUUCUUGACUUUGUUUUGGCCCUGGAAAACAAAGAUACACCGGAAGGAUUGACAUAUUUGUUUCGGUGUCUUGAUCUCCAUGGAAGAGGGUACCUUACAACAGCUGAUAUCCACACACUUUUCAGAGAUGUACACCAAAAAUGGAUCGAGGGAGGGAACUACGAGCUGUGCAUUGAGGACGUAAGAGAUGAGAUCUGGGAUAUGGUAAAGCCAUCAGACCCACUAAAAAUAACAGUAGCUGAUCUCCUUGCUUGCAAGCAAGGUGGGACUGUUGCCAGCAUGCUUAUAGAUGUGCGCGGCUUCUGGGCCCAUGACAACAGAGAAAAUCUUCUCCAAGAAGAGGAAGAGCCUGAUGAAGAAUAACCAAGCUCUCGUAUUUCAGCAAUUAGUGCUUUGUGCAGCACUUGAAAUUUUUACAGAAUUGAAUGUCCUGUUUAUUGCAGUUCCAAAAAUAACCGUAUGGCGCAAAUGAAGGGAAACGUCACCACCUGAGAUGCGUUUCACUAAAAUCGUGGCUUUUACUUGAUGGUUGUAAUUACUCAUUUCCAUUUGUAAGUUAUCAUCAUUAUCAUCACCAAAGCCUUGCCGUAGCUAUAAAAGGUCAGGCUAGAUGAACUUGUUCUACCAUUCCAUUCUUUAAAGUGCCAUAUCCAUUGUUAAAUUAUGGGCCCUUGGAAUCAGUUCUGACUACUUAAGCCAUGUCCGUUUUAGGACUUGUAAAAGAUCACUUCUCACCUUCAAUAUGGAAAUAGGACUUUAGACCUCAUAUGACCCAUUUGUGAAAACCAAACAGAAGUUGAAGUCAUGCUUCUCAUAUUCCACUGCUUUGGGGCUUUAAACAAAAAGUUGUCUUGUGAUAUUGAUGGCCGAUUUGGAAUUUCUAGUUUUCUAAAGUAUAUGGAUUGAGGGUUCCUAUGGCUGUUUAA